AUGAACAGUUUUCUAUCGACAAGUCGAGAUCGAUCAGUUGCACACUUUUAUGCAAAUAUGGCUGUUAAUUCAAAUAAUAUUCGAUAUCAUCCGGUUCUCUUUGAGAUCGAAGUUAAUACGACUCGUACUGAUACUAAACCGUUUGCUGACCUUAAGUAUGAUAGUCAGUUUUCUGAUGAAAAUGAAGUAUUGUUCAUGACAGGAUCAAUUUUUCGGGUUGUUAAUGUUAAAAAGGGCUCUCAAGAUGAUCCAUUUUGGUCGAUCAAAUUGAUAUUGUGUGGUGAAGAAGACAAUCAAUUAAAAGAAGUUUUCAAAUAUUUGAAAGAUGAAUUAGAUGAUGAAACUGAUAUGGGAUCUGUAGGAAAAGUUUUAUAUGACAUGGGCAAACACGAACAAUCGUAA